AUGUCUUUCUCCGGUCGCCGAGUCAGUAUCCUGCGUCCCUCCGCCAACCGGCGAUUCUCGCAAAGCAAGGAGUUGUCCGAAAAUGAGCAACGGUCCGAGACUCAUCGUCAAUUCCGAACUGCGCACGAGGGGCACCGUCCACAUGCGGGUCUCGAUGCCUCACGCGCGUCCACCGGUGUCGUCUGGUGCACGGAGCGAGCAACCGAGCACGGUUACGCGGAAGAUCCUAGCGCCUGGGCCAAUUUGGGCCAAGGCGCCCCCGAGGCGGACGAUGAGAUCGAGGGCAGUUUCCCGCGUCCGACCAGCAUCCCUAUUACUUCGGCGUCUCGGGAGUAUGGCCCGACCGCGGGAAUCAAGCCGUUGCGGGCAGCGGUUGCACGUCUGUACAACGAGCAUUAUCGCCAGGGCAAAGCAAGUCAGUAUACCUGGGAGAAUGUGUGUAUCGUACCCGGUGGACGGGCCGGCUUGAUUCGCAUUGCUGCCAUUUUGGGCAACUCGUAUUUGUCGUUCCCGAUCCCGGAUUACUCGGCGUAUUCAGAGAUGCUAUCGCUGUUUAAGAAUAUUGCACCCAUUCCUAUCCCGCUGUCUCAGGAAGACCACUAUCACAUUCACCCGAAUAAGAUCGCCGAGGAGAUUGCACGAGGCACUCAGGUGCUGCUGACGUCGAACCCACGUAACCCGACCGGUCACUUUGUGUCGGUGGAAGAGCUGGCUGAGAUUCAGGACAUCUGCCGUGACCGUGCGACUCUGAUCUUGGAUGAGUUCUACGGUGGUUACAACUACACGACCGACUGCGACGGCACUACGAUCAGCGGAGCUGCCAAUGUGGUCGACGUCAACAGAGAUGACGUCCUCUUGAUUGAUGGUCUCACCAAGCGCUUCCGCUUGCCCGGAUGGCGCAUUGCCUGGAUCGUCGGCCCCAAAGAAUUCGUGGAUGCUCUCGGUUCGGCCGGUUCAUACCUGGACGGUGGUGCCAAUGUUCCGUUCCAAGAGGCCGCCAUCCCCAUGCUGGAGCCCUCGCUGGUUCGCACCGAGAUGAAGGCGCUGCAGGCUCACUUCCGUGAGAAGCGCGACUAUGUGCUCCAGCGACUGCACGAGAUUGGCUUCCGUAUGAGGGACGUUCCUGAAGCCACGUUCUACGUCUGGCUCGACCUGACCUCCUUGGACCCACCUCUCCCCGCCGAGGCCAACAUCUCGGAUGGUCUGAACUUCUUCAACGCCCUGUUGACGGAGAAGGUCAUUGUGGUUCCUGGCAUCUUCUUCGAUCUGAACCCGGCCAAGCGUCGUGAUCUAUUUGACAGCCCGUGUCACCACUUUGUGCGUCUGAGCUACGGUCCCAAGAUGGAUGUGCUCAAGAUGGGUCUGGACGGUAUCGAGCGUGUUAUCAAGCGAGCGCGCGAGACUGUUUAUCCCAAGUGGGAGGACGAGGUUGCCAUCCGAGAUGAUUAG